UUGAUGAUUUUGGUUUGCGCUGACCGUUGUUACGUCAUUUUGUUCUCAACAAAUUAUACAGUAAAGAUUUUCAACUUGAAUAAUUCGCUUAUCAAGAUCUGAUUUGUGAUUUAAGUGUUCCCUUAUUUUUUUCAGCAGCUGUCAAAAAAAGGCUUAUUUGCAUAUACCCAGUAUAGUUAAUAGACGUGUGUUUGAACUUCAAUACUUAAAACUCAACAAAUGAAUAAGGGAUAGUUCACUGAUUGUUCCUCUGUGUGUGUGUGUGUGUUAAGCUCUUUUCCCAGUAUUCCCCAGUUAUCACAGCCUUCUUGGAAGGAGACCAUAUAACGGGAAUCCAGCCAUCCGCAGAGAAAAAAAGAGUUUCAUGACUUGAAGCACAGUCCCCCUCUCAUCUCUCUUUUCACUCUACAACACACACUGAGUCAUAAUCCAGCAGUGGGGACUCAAGGUUUCUGUGUAAUGGGUAAACACACAUCAGUGGUCUGGCUAAGGUCACUCACCUAGCCUGCAGUGUCCACUCCACAUGAAUCCCCCCCAAAGGCGAGAGAUUCACAGUCUCAUGGAGAUACACUUAUUAAAACACAAUAUAACAGCUUCUAACUGACUUUUUUUCUGCCUUUCACUUCACACUUUUCUAUCUCUAUCCUCUGUUUACCUGCUGCCCACUCUGUGUGCUUCGUCCACUUCCAUGUUUGCAGAGAUCUGGUCACAACCAUGCAGCCACUCCCUCCUGGGGAUCGAUAACCUACACUGACCAUGCCAUAUUUGCCCUCUGGACCCCAGGACCGAGUGCCAGCAGACACCCACGCUUCACACACCGUCGCAGAGUCUCUCUGCUCCUCGUCCCACCACCGACACCUCAGGGUAGCUUGAAGUCAGCAGACCACCCAAGGGCUGAGGAGAGUGCACACUGGGAGGCCUUGGUGGGUGAAUGCACUGAAGGAUGGCUGUGUUUUGGAAAGCAAUGGCAGGUGGACUGCUGCUCACUUUGGGCCUCACUCUGCCAAGAUGGGGAGUUGAGGGGCAGGGGAACGGACAGGGUAAGAAAGAAGUAUCAGGCGGGGUGACUGUCUACCUUGGCCAGGACAGAGACAUCUGGAGGCCACUGAUCCACACAACAGUAAACCUCACUGUGAUCAGCAGUAUCAAGUCAUCCUUUCAGUUACGGACGUUUGAUCCAGAAGGUGUCGUUUUCUAUGGAGACACCAAAAACGGGGAGGACUGGUUUAUUUUGUCCCUGAAGGAUGGCCUCCCUCUGAUGCAGAUCAGCAGAGGGGACAUCCUCGUCAGUGUGGAAGGUGGCCCCAAGAUCAAUGACGGAAAAUGGCACAUACUGGAGGUGAGCAACCACGACAAGUUUGUGGUUCUGGAGGUGGAUGGUGGCAAUAGGCUGGUGGUGGGCAUGCAGUCCAAACAGACAGAGGAAGUCCUCUCAGGUGAACUCCGGCUGGCUGUUGGCGGGAUCCUGAUCAACAAGGAAAAGAUGAUUGUUCAGUUCGAGCCACACAUGGAUGGCUGUGUGCGGGAAGGCAGCUGGCUAAACCUCAGCGUCCCCUGGGAGGCAGAGGCGGAGGAGCUCUGGCCUUGCUAUCAAAAUGUCCAACCUGGCAGCUUCUUCCCUGGCACUGGAUUCGCCAUUUUUAACACCUCAGUUUUUCCCUUUGAGGCAGAUCAUGGGGUCAAGACUGAAUUGUGGGGAGAUUUCAGUAAGAUGGAUGGGACCAUUUUGAGCAUCAAGGCUCCUGGGCAGGAGCUGAUGUUCUCUUUAGUGGCCAAUAAUAACACAAAGGAGGUCAUGGUCACUUUUGGUGAAGAAAAAAUAAGUAUGAAAGAUACUUUCAAGAGACUGGUGAUAACCUUUGAGACAGAUUUGCUGCAAGUGCUUCAAGAUGAAGAUGAAUCAAAGACUACUACAUUACCUAUCAGCCCAGUGAGCCACCCCGGUUACUUGACCACAUGGAGAGAGGGUCAUCUCGCUGUUGGAGGUCUCCUAGGUGAGGAUGAGGAAGACGGCUCACAGUUCUUGACAGGGUGUCUGGAGAAGAUCCAGGUCCAGGGGAGGGAUUUGGACCUGGAUUUAGCCAUCAAACACAUGUCCAUCUCCUCUCACAGCUGUCCUGCAUAGACCAUGAAAGUACGGAUGUUCAACAUGUGGACUCAUGUGGAUUGCUCGUGGUGGAUGUGUUUGGGUCCAAAUUACGUGAAAAAAAAAAAACGCAAUGUGGGUGAAGGGCAAAAUUGUCUGCAAAAUGAAAGAGACACAGUGGCCUCUACAAAGCAUAAUGAUAUACUAAACUCUUUUAUUAGGCCACUAGUAGUCGAAUGUGGUAUUUGUACCAAUUAACCUCUAAUAUGUGGAGAAUUUCCAAUAAAUUUUUAAUAUAUUGUUCUA